GAGAACUCUUAUAGCACUUGGAAAAAGUGGUCCUGAAUUUAUUUUUUUUUUGUUUAUUUUACUAUUUUAUUUUAAUCAAAUCAUUAUGAAGCACUUAGCUCUAGCUAUUACUUUUUUAACCUGUGCUCUCUUGGCAAUGACAGAAGGAGCUCCACAAUUGCAGCUCAGAUGUCACUGCACAGAAACGAUGACAAAGGAAAUCUCUAAUAGUAGAAUUGUAAAGCUGGAGAUCUUUCAACCUGGUCCUCACUGCAAAGAUGUAGAAGUAAUUGCUACAGUUAAAUUUAGGAAAGAAGUUACAUUGUGCCUUAACCCCAAAGACAAGUGGGUUCAGAAUCUCCUCAAAAGAAGGAACCUGGCACAAUAGAAUGCUACUAAGUUGAAGAUGGUUGACAGAGAAGGAAAGAAAGAAGACCAGAAGAAGAAAAAUGUCUCAUUAUCACUUCACUCAUGAUAUGAGAAAUUAUCAUGGUUCUAGCAGUAUUUUUAUACGUUGUUUGUAUCUAGAAAAACACAGAAUUGCUAUUUUUAUGUAUUAACCACCUAUAUUACAAAUAAAAUAUUUUUUUAACCUUA